AUGUCCCGAGAUAAUGUCUCGAGCUGCUUCAAGGACCGUCAUCUGAUCAUUGUUGGCGACUCGACCAUGCGCCAGAUCUACUUCGCUGCCAUGACGCGCCUCGACCACCACGUCGCCGAGAGAGCUAUCCUCGACUUUGCCGUCUCUGUUGACAAGCACCAGAAUCUGUCAAAAGAGGUUGAAGGCGUCAAACUUGAGUUUGUAUGGGACCCGUGGCUCAAUUCCACCGGCCUUUUCAACCAAUUGGCUCGAUUCCGGGAACGUCCCGGUUCCGCCGAUUACGAGAGACUCGUCCGACAAGAGGGGAGGGACUCGCCGGCCCUGAUCGUCGUCGGCACUUCAGGUCUGUGGGCGGCCCGCCAGGGCGGUGAUCGGUAUUUGGAGCUCUUCAGAGAAGGCAUCAAUGUCCUCUUGCCGUACCUGCACAAGAGCAUCGACGCAUCGAUGGUCUUACCCAAGAGCAAGUCGCAGCCGGCGUUUGACGAAUUAUCCAACCAUGUGCUCGUCGCACCCGUGCCUAUUCCCGCUUACGACAAGCUUACCUCGUCCCGCGCGCGAGCCAUGACGCCAGAGAGGAUCGGCGCUAUGAAUUGGAACCUGGAGCAUUUGGAACAGUCUGAGCAAUCGCACAUCGUUUGGGGUUACCAUGCCAUGACCGAGGGUUACGGCAACGCCUUGCUCGAUGAUGGUAUUCAUGCUGUCGACAUCAUUGCCGAAAGGAAGCUCGACGUCAUUCUCAAUGCUCACUGCAAUGCCGGGCUGAUCAGACGAGGGUACGCUAACCAGAUCACCUGUUGCGUGCCGUAUCCACCUCUUGGACGAGUGCAGCUUCUACUUCUUGGUCUCAACAUACUGACUCUACCUGUUCUAUUUCUGAGUCGGCAGCAGGAGGCGUUUCCGUCUCCUCGAACGUCCCGUAUCAUGGACACCCUUACGGCGGUAGCGACGCUGCUCGUUGCCGCAGUAUACUGCCUUCUCGCUGACCGGACUCACGUCCUUGCGAAACAGGAUAAACACUUUGAUGUGUCCGACUUCGUCAUGCCCUUGUUCGGUCUCGCAAUGCUUGCAGUACUGUCUCUCCGCUCCAGAGUACCCGUCCGGUCAUCGACAAGGGGCCUUACAACGACGUCGUUCCUGUCUCGUGAGCAGACGGAUGAAUGGAAAGGGUGGAUGCUGGUGUUUAUUUUGAUGUACAAUUAUCACGCAGCAUCCGAGUCCCUGGCGAUGUAUAAGGUACACAAGUUUCUCGUCGCCACUUUCAUCUUCCUGUUCACCUACGGUCAAACGAUGUACUUCCUUCGGACCGAGGACUACUCGCUGCGCAGAGUUGCGUUUGUAUUGUGUCGACUGAAUUUGCUCACCUGUCUCCUGGCCUUCACAACGUCCAGCGAAUGGAUCGUCUACACUGCGCCGCUAAUGACCUUUUGGUUUGGUGCCACCUACGCAUCUUUGGCGUGCUUCAAGAAGGCCAACAGCAACCCUGUGACUUUCUUCCUAAAAGUUAUCACGUUUGCUACUUGCAUAACCUACCUGGUGCAAAGCACGCGCGUUCCGGAGUGGCUCAUGUCGAUGCUCAAACCAACCUGCGGUAUCUACUGGGAUUUGGAGAUUCUUCGCGCGCACUUCAAGCUGGAUCGCUUCAUCCCGUGGUUUGGCAUACUCACGGCUGCGGCCACACACCGAGUCUCGGUUCUCAGGCGUCGCCAACUCGGCGUCAAUUCCCAGGCGUCGUUCGAGAGGACCAAUAAUGCGCUUGACCGUGCAUUGUUGGAGAUUGUCUAUCCCGAACGAGACGCGAUACCGGUGAAGCCGAUAAUGAUCCUCUUCUCCUUUGCCUAUCUCGUUGUUUUCAUCACACUCGCUUUCAUCACCGAGGUCUACCGCAACAACGACGCAUACAACGCUUACCACCCAUACACCAGCCCGUGGUUUGUGCUGUCGGCCAUCAUCGUAAGGAACUCUUUUGGAGCUCUGCGUGAGCUCCACAUUCCACUUGCAGCGUCCCUAGGGCAGAUUUCUCUGGAGGCUUACGUUUUGCACCACCACAUCUGGCUUGCAAGCGAUGGGGCGGGAGUCUUGAGGAUUGGCAGCCGAAGCCGUAUUCCCAGGGAAGCGGAGGUGCUAAUCGUUGCCGCCGUCUUCGUCUGGGCUUCUUCCAAGUGUCACGGCGCCACGCUGACAAUCGUCUCCGGGCUGACUGGGACGCAGAAGAGGGAGCAGACCGAAGACAUCUCGUUGGGCAGGGCCUUGCCAGUUAAGGACGAUAGGAGGAGUCCUGUUCCGUGGCAGAGUGCAGCGGCGGCGGAGAAGGCGGCAGAGGGGAGGACGGUAGACGGUUCAUCUGUCUCGCCCAGCGCCUUGCGGCUGAGGAUCGUGGGCUUGCUGGCCAUGUUGUGGUUUGGAAACAUGCUUUAUGGCGCUUGA